AUGGCGUCUUCCUUAGUGUCCACAUUCGCUUUUGCUCAAACUAUUCUUAUUCAAUACGUUGAAACAACUCUAUUCGUCUUCGGUACAAUCGGUUCCAUUCUCAAUAUUCUCCUCUUUUCUCAGCAGAAAUUUCGUUCGAACUCUUGUUCCAUUUAUUUUCUCGCGUCAUCGAUCGCAACAUUAAUCUUACUAUUCCCAGGUGUUAUACCUCAAAUCUAUGCUCUCACUAACACUCCAAAUCCAAUAUUUAAUCAAGGAUUCUGUAGAGCUCGCGGUUAUUUAACGCAAAUGAGUGCAAUGCUCUGUCGAUGGUUACUAACGAUCGCAUGUAUUGAUCGUUGUUUAUUAACUUCCACCAACCCUCGUCUUCGUCAUCUAGCGACUGUGCCAAUAGCACGAAAAAUAGUUUUACUACUAUUUAUGAUGUGGCUUCUCAUUCCUAUUCAUAUAUUGAUCUUCACUGAUGUUCGAAGAAUCGGUUAUAUUUCGUGUAUGAUGUCAACUAAUGCAUCGGCUAUUUAUCAUACUGUUUACACUAUUCUUGUUGGUGGGAUACUCCCACCGUUGAUUAUGGUGAUCUGUACGAAAGUUCUGUGGAAGAGUUUGCAAGCAAAACGACAACGUCAAGAGUUAACUCAGAUAAGACAAAAGAAGAGAGAAGUUCGUGAUGCACAAAUCUUGGCUAUGUUGGUGUUACAAGUGUUCAUCUUUAUUCUGUUUACCCUACCGUAUAUGAUGUUUAACCUGUACUUAGCGUUUACUCGAUCUGUUAUGAACAAAUCGGCAGAUCGAUUAGCGAUAGAAGCGUUUUUGCAGCUAUUUACAGAAAUAACGGUGUUUGUUCAUCCAAGUGUCACAUUCUAUUCGAAUACAUUAGUUUCACAAACAUUUCGAAAUGAAUUAUUCAUUUUGAUUUGGAAAAUUCUAACGUGUGGUCAUGAUCAGCGGUUCCAUCAUAGACGACGAAUUUAUCCAAGCGCUUCUGUGAUAGCAGGAACAUGUAGAUAG